UAUCAGAUCAAAAUUGACUGUAACAUAGAGUUAUCUCCCCUGUAAAAGUUUCCAUCAAAAUGGCGACGAAUGCUGAGAAGGAACCGGCUGCGCUUAAACUUCGUCCAAAAAAGAUAGUUUCAAAGGACAGAAAUCAGAUGUCUUCCUAUGCGUAAUGACCUUGCCAAUCCACCGAACACGUCCAUCACGUCAAGUAGUAACAGAAGACGUAGCUGGACAGCAGGGUUUUAUCCGAUUGAGGUUGUUGAUGAUGACAAGUAUAAGGAUAUGGUAAAGGUUCACUACAUAGGAUGGCAUCAUCGAUACGAUGAAUACAUAAAAAAAAGUGCAGUAAAAUCAACACCUCUACAUCAUUCUACACAGAUCCAAAGCUUAAAAAUCAAUAUAAAAGAAUCCCUUUCACCAGGACGAAGUGACAGCAAGAUUAUUUUGCACCAGUAUAUGACUUCAGAGGAAUUCAUACCAUUGGAAUGUUGUGGAACACUCCACAAAGCGACGAGAACACGUAAGGUGUAUCGGAUAGCAAAAAGACAAGACCUCGAACGGCUACUGGGAGUCGGUUUUGACUAUAGGAUUUUAAAUGAGCAAGGUGACUCGUUUUUCAUCGAUACAUCCACCAUCAGGUACUGGUUAGGGCAAAGGAAAGCAUUGAAAGAUUUUUUAUUGUUCCCGGACCAUGUGGAAGAAGAUUAUAUGAACCGUGGUAGCCAACUAACUUUUUCAUUUGUGAAGAAACCAGGCAACAAAAAUAUGUUUCAGAAUCUGUUAAACAAUGAUUCAAUUUGAAAAUUCAAUUGAUUCAACAACACUUCUAGGUAACCUAUUGUGUGUUUUUUGGACAUUGAACACUUCAGUCAGUGGUAUUCAGUUAUGAUGUUCAUUUACAACUUCCUUUUAUCCUAGGUACAUGUAGGAUUACAAACUGUAUUUGAAAUGGUUUUGUUUUCAAAAAAGAUUCUGUUUGAAAUAAUUGAUAAUGAUCAGUUUCGAGACAAACCUAUGAAUGAUUACUUUGUUCGCCAGGUCAUUAGAAAAAUUGAAGACAAAAUUUUUGUAAAAGUGAAUCCAUCUGAAAGUGAUUUGAAAAAUUUGAAGUCUUUAAUUUUUAAGCUGAAAGACAAAGCAAAAAAACAACGUAAACUAGGUGGAUUCCAAUUCAGGAAAUUUCUUUCUGAACUUUCCUCGUCUGCAUUUGAAUGGCAAGCUCCGGUAGAUAGACAUGAAUGUGAAAAUGUGCUUAAAGAACAUAAAGAAAUGUUGCUAAAAUGUCAAGAAGAAAAUAAAAAAUUAACAGAAACUAUCUUACUUAAUGUAAAAAACAAUAACAUACCAGAAUGUUCAAAGCCACUUGGUCGGAAAUUUUCUGAGCUUACAAAGUCUGGUCAGUCCAAAAGAAGGAAGGUGGAGAGAGAAACAGUGAAAAAGUCAUUGAAAUUCUUGGAUAAAGAAAAUAUAAAACCUUUGUCUGUAUCGGUUGAGAGGGAAAAUGGCAAGAAAGAAGUGUUGGUGCUCAGAGAAAGUAAAGAGAAGCAAGACAUGGAGGAAAACUCUGAUGAGUUGAGUGCAUUGCUUUAUAUUUUAGACACUUUCAAUAUCAGCAGAGAGGCAUAUGCCGAACUUAGUAUGUAUUGUAAAGAAUUACCAAGGCGUCAUGUGUUACAGGAAUAUGUGAAUAAGCUAAAUACUGGAUUUAAGAUUGUGGAUACUCCCAAUGGCCUCGGAGUCCAACAGUCCUUGAAAACUAAACUUUUGCAAGUUUUGAAUUCAUUAACUGCAGAAGAUAAUAAAUUUGCACCUGAUGGAAAAAUCAAAAUCAAGUUAUCAGGAGAUGGUACAAAUGUUGGUAAACGUCUGCACGUUGUAAAUGUGUCAUUCACAGUGAUCAAUGAGAAGAGAUGCAGAGCUGCCAGUGGAAACUACCCUCUUUGUGUGAUGAAUUCGAAGGAAGCUUACAGUGAGCUUGCUGAUGGACUUAGAGAUUUACGACAGGAAGUUGGGGAAUUACAGGAUUCAUCUAUCACUGUUGAUGGAAGGGAUUUUACUAUUGAAAUACUCCUUGGUGGAGAUUAUAAGUUUCUCUUGGUUGCAGUGGGAAUACCUUGUAUAGCUUCAGAAUAUUUCUGUGUGUAUUGCAAGUGCAGUAAGUCUGAAAAAUGUAAAUUAGAUUUAGAAUGGUCAAUGGAGGAUGUAACCAAGGGUGCUAGGUCUCUGUAUGAAUGCCCUGACGGUUGUCUGAAAGCUCGCAAAAAAAUUAGUAAAAAAGCAUUUUCUGUAGUUAAUCCCCCACUGUUCCCACAUAUUGGUCCACUGAGGGUUGUGGUGGACCCUUUGCACAUGUUUCUAAGAAUUACAGACAAACUUUUCAAUCUGCUUAUAGCAGAGCUCAGAACACUUGAUAACAUAAAUGGAAACACUACCUUCAACACAGGAGUGAUUGACAGAAGUAAAGUUCAACAUGUCGCAAAAUUAGAAACUGUUUUGGAACAAUUGGGAAUACAUUUCUCGCUCUCUGUAAACCGGGAUACAAAGCGCCUUGAGUACAGAGAUCUUAUUGGCCCAGAAAAACUGAAACUGAUGAAAUCAUUCUGUGCAAAUGAUCUCAUUUCAGAUGAUGGACGAGCAGAAAUUUUGCAGAAAGUAUGGGAUGGUUUUUCUCAAAUUGAGAAAAUUAUGAAAUCUGAAACUCCUGAUGCUGAUGAAUUAGAAGAACGGACAAAAGAGUGGUGUUUGCUGUAUGUUGAAGCCUUUCAGUCCCGGGACAUCACACCUUACAUUCACAUUCUUCGAUGUCAUGCACAUGAAUUAAUCAGGCGUCAUGGAGAUAUUUCUUCGUUUACCCAACAAGGACUGGAAAAAUUAAAUGACACCAUCACAAAACAAUACUUUCGAGGCAGCUGUCAUAAACCUCAACUAGCAUUGCGCCAGAUCAUGGAAAAACAAAAUAGAAUCUCAAUCUUGGAAAAUUCACAAAGGCAAAAAUCAAAGACACUGAAAUGUUCAUGUUGUGGUGGUGCAGAUCAUAAUAAAAUUAGUUGUGGUAAGUCAUAACAUAUACACGGAACAGAAAAGCUGAAAAAGAUUUGUUGUUGGUAAUCCUGUAUUUAACGUGACAGAAAGUUAAGAAAACUUACUAGUUACAUAUGUGUGAGGGUAUGUGUUUGCUUUGUUUAUAGCACAUGUUAUUUCUUUAUGAAAUAUAAUGCUAUUUAUUUUUUUAUGAAGUAAUACCUGACCUGCAUAUAUGAAGUAACAUUCCAUGGCAAUACAUAUAUGUAUAAAUCAAGUUGUUGAAAGCACAUUGUAAAUUGUAAGAGAUUUUACACUGUAUUAUUUGUUUUUGUUAAAUGUUGCAAGUAUUUUUUUCUAAUACAUUGAUUUAUCUACAAAUUGUGCUUUUUAUUUCUUAACAAUCUGUCCUCUUGUGUCAAAACCUAAAAGAGAUCUCUGAUGUGAUGUGUUCAUUUGUUUUUUUAUUAUUAUUUUUAAUUUUUAUCUACAAAUAGUGUUAUACAUUAAUUGUUAAUUGCUAAGUGUGUAUUUUUUUUAUUUCGCCGGAAAGGAACGGUUGUAAUAUGUAAACUGUGAUUUAAAAUGUGAUAUGUCAAGUGCCAAUAAAAUUGUUAGACUGGAAUUUUUUCUUGGCUAUGAUUUUCACCCAGCACCAGUUGCCGUUCAACUAAAGAAAACGAGGAAAUUACGGAUUUAUUUUUAGAUAUAUCUAUCUCCAACCUGAUUGGCUGAAUAGUUGUGAUUUCCAAUGAUGUCAUUCCAAAGGUAUUAAGUGAUUGGCUUGUUCACAGUUUCUAAAUAUAAUAAAUUGUUGGGCUACCCUCUCACCAAACGCCGCCUUUUCUUUGGCAAAACCACUCGAUCGGAUGGCUUUACUUACAAUUUUACGACGUGUAGCUGAUCCUGAUGUAAAUGCAAACACAUUCGUUCAAUUCGAAAUAAACACAGUUAACUGCAAUCGGGAGUAAUAAACGAUACCAAGUCAAUAUAUCAAGGACUGCUUAACAAUCUGACUUUAAGAGCCGGUAAUGCAUAGGCGAAACGUGACGAAGUUGACCAAAGGGCAGACAACUCUUUUACAGUCAACUUUGAUCUG